AUGACGCGUGUAAAAAAGGGCGAAAGACAGUCAUAUUCUGUCGAGGACGAGGAAAAGGCUGCUGUUGUUCGUUUUGCGCUUGCUUCGAAUAAUACCAAAGCUGCAGCCCACUUCAGUGUUGACAAGAUUCUGGUUAGCAGAUGGGUGAAAAAUUUACAAACUCAGCUUGACGACCUCAAAAACUGCAAGUCUCGUCGCAUUGGCGCUGGUAGAAAAGAACUUGAAAUGUCAAGUAUUGUUGCUCAAACUGCUACCGACACAGACAACUUGACAAAAAAACUUAUUGCCAACAACUUCAAAGUAAUCCUCACAUUGGCUCAAACCCAUUUCACAAAUAUGAACGAGACUCCUGUGUGGUUUGGUGAUCUCACUGUUGAAACGAUCGGCAAAAAAACAGUUCACAUUCGCACUGGAAUGAUAAAAAUAUCUUCACAAUCACUCUUAUAUAUCACUAAUGGUCAGAAUCUCUUCCCAAUCAUUAUCUUUAAAGGCAAGAAAUGGCCCAGAACUAAAAAUACACUACCACCAUCUCCUAACAUCAACAUCUUGUUUCAUGAAAAAGGCUGGAUGAAUGAAAAAGGAAUAAUAAAUUGGACUCAUAAUAUUACAAGAAAACAACCAGAUGGUCUCACAUCACUAUAUCAACCAUUAGAUAUUUCUAUCAAUCAUUCUUUCAAAGCUGCCCUUCAUUAUUAUUGGCAUAUAUGGAUGGCAAGUGAUAGAGCUAGAGAAACUGCAG